UCGGAAACCUGAGGCAAGGGUGCCUAUAACCCCUGGGGAGUAGAACGGAAAGAGCACUUUCGAAAUAACAAAGGCAGAGUUCAGGGAAUCCCCACCCCCACCCCCACCCCCACUCAUGUCAAGGAAUCCUCGCCUCGGGUCGAGGAUUUUUUCCUCGAGGCGAGGAUUCCAAUCCUCGCCCCUAAAACCCGGGGGUCGAGGAGGGAUUUUUUAUAAAAAUCCUCGGCGAGGAUUCCUCGACCCGCCUCGGCUGGGGCGCGAGGAGGAGAUCCUCGGGUCAAGGAAUCCUCGCCUCGCCCCGUGCUCAUGCCUAUAUCGUGGGGUUCAUUAUGGGGGGUGGCGAGGACCCCGCUGUCCCGGCAGCAGGCCUCAAGUACCGCAUGAGUGACUACCCCACAGCUGACAACAUCAAGGCCUUCACUCAGAGCUUCAUUGAUGGCCGUCUCAAGCCCUUUUUCAAGUCACAGCCCCUGCCAGAGGAGAAUGACGGCCCGGUGACAGUGGUGGUGGGCGACUCGUUUGAGCAGAUUGUGUUGGACGAUACCAGAGACGUGCUGCUGGAGGUCUACGCCCCCUGGUGCGGCCACUGCCAGCAGCUGGAGCCGACCUACAAGAGGCUGGCAGAGCGGUUCAGCGUGGUGCAGUCCGUGGUGAUUGCCAAGAUGGACGGCACUGCCAAUGAAUACCCCGGCCUCGAGGUGGAGGGCUUCCCCACCAUCGUGUUCUACCCAGCCGGGAAGAAGGCAGACCCGGUGAAGGUCCAAGCGAGGAAAGUCAAGCAGUUCGUCCAGGCCAUCAGAGACAACGCGUCCACUCACUUUGACCUCGAGCCCUCGCCUGAGGACGACCAAGAGGAGGAAAUAGGAGAGGAGGAGGGACAAAUGGACGAUGGUGAGAUGGAUGAGGGGAGAACGGAGAGGGCGGAGGAAGAGGAGAUGGGUUACGAUGGGAUGGAAGGGGAUGGGGAGGACGAGGCGUUUGAUGAGCAGUUCCAUGACGAGCCGCUUCACGAUGAUGAGUUGUAGCGAUUGAUGAGCAGUUCGAGGGCUCGAGGUCAAAGUGAGUGGACGCGUUGUCUGCAGUUCCAGUAACAGCUACCGUAAUCCCCCGGAUAUAACACCCCGGGUAUAGUACAAAAUUCAUGCAAAAUCAGGGGGGUGGGUGCUCUAUUUCGCGUUUAGGCUAUAGCAACCUGGUGUUAUAUUUGAGGACAGAAUUUUUAAGAUGUGCAUUAGACUCAGUGCAUCAUGGCGAUUUUAGACAUUCAAAUUCCGGCUGAAAAGGCGUAUGUUUUCUCGAGGUUCGGAAUAGCCCUGGAUUGCCCAUUGCUCACGAAUUUCAUGUUUGUGUCAGGUUAGUGAAGCAAGAUUGGGGGUUUGGCGACACUCGCAAUGGACUGGACGAAAAUUGCGACGCUCAUCAGCCAAUCAGCACAGGUCUGUCGCACAAAAGAAAAAAAAAUUGUCGGCCCACUGCGCUUUUCCAGGUGAAUAUUUGUUUCACUUUGUCAUUUUCAGUACCAGAGAAUCCUGUCAAGUGCCUCGGAAAAUUUCAACUUUUGCGUCCUGAUCGUAAUCAGCAUGAAAUAGCGUGAAAAAACUGCAUUUGUUGGU